UGUGGGCCGACCCAAGCACGUGCGUGUCAUGGCAGGAGCCCUGGAAGGUGAUCUCUUCAUCGGCCCCAAGGCUGAGGAGCACCGAGGGCUGCUCUCCAUCCGCUACCCCAUGGAGCACGGCAUCGUCAAGGACUGGAACGACAUGGAGCGCAUCUGGCAGUACGUCUAUUCUAAGGACCAGCUGCAGACGUUCUCGGAGGAGCAUCCCGUGCUCCUGACGGAGGCGCCUUUAAACCCACGGAAAAACCGGGAACGAGCAGCCGAAGUUUUCUUCGAGACCUUCAAUGUGCCGGCCCUUUUCAUCUCCAUGCAAGCUGUCCUCAGCCUUUAUGCCACGGGCAGGACCACUGGCGUGGUGCUGGAUUCUGGGGACGGCGUCACCCACGCUGUGCCCAUCUAUGAGGGCUUCGCCAUGCCCCACUCCAUCAUGCGCAUCGACAUCGCCGGCCGUGACGUCUCCCGCUUCCUCCGCCUCUACCUGCGUAAAGAGGGCUACGACUUCCACUCCUCCUCCGAGUUUGAGAUCGUCAAGGCCAUAAAAGAAAGGGCCUGCUACCUCUCCAUCAACCCCCAGAAGGACGAGACGCUGGAGACAGAGAAGGCUCAGUAUUACCUGCCCGAUGGCAGCACCAUUGAAAUAGGGCCUUCCCGAUUCCGGGCCCCCGAGCUGCUGUUCAGGCCGGAUCUGAUCGGCGAGGAGAGCGAGGGCAUCCACGAGGUCCUGGUGUUUGCUAUCCAGAAGUCGGACAUGGACCUACGGCGCACCCUGUUCUCCAACAUUGUCCUCUCGGGAGGCUCUACGCUGUUUAAAGGCUUUGGUGACAGGCUACUGAGUGAAGUGAAGAAACUGGCUCCUAAAGACGUGAAGAUCAGGAUAUCUGCACCUCAGGAGAGACUGUACUCCACGUGGAUUGGGGGCUCAAUCCUCGCCUCCCUGGACACCUUCAAGAAGAUGUGGGUCUCCAAGAAGGAGUACGAGGAAGACGGUGCCCGGUCCAUCCACAGGAAAACCUUCUAAUGCUGGGACAGCAGCUUCACCUCUCUCUGAAGUUAACUCCACUUUAAAACUCGCUUUCUUGA